ACAACAUCACGGGGGGUAACGCUCCGGAGCGCACAAGAGACCCAAGUUGGAAAGUUGCGAGAUUAAGUUAACUGCCAGCUCUCUCUCUCUCUCUCUCUCUCUCUCUCUCUCUCUCUCUCUCUCUCUCUCUCUCUCUCUCUCUCUCUCUCUCUCUCUCUCUCUCUCUCUCUCUCUCUCUCUCUCUCUCUCUCUCUCUCUCUCUCUCUCUCUCUCUCUCUCUCUCUCUCUCUCUCUCUCUCUCUCUCUCUCUCUCUCUCCCCCCCCCCCCCCCGUCUUUUUCUUCAUUUUCACACGCAGACAUGUUCAUUUUGUGUCAAUCAUCCCGUCUGGUUUGAGGAAACUCAAAAAAAGUGACUAGAACCAUCAUCCUACUUUUGGGAAUGCUUCUCCAGCCUGCCAGUAAAGGAGAGCAGAGAGUGACGGUCCUUUCUGUGAAUUCAUACCCGAAGACAUGUUGCAUUGGGGUCAGUCUGAUUGGAAAGUGUUGCUACCGAUUAUACUUCUGUGGGAUAGCCUGUGUGCUUUGGAACUGAAGCCCACGAGAUGGCCACUUUAUUCCCAAAAGCCUCUGGUCCUUGCCUGGAAUGCCCCAACCGAGGACUGUGCCCCACGUCAUCGUAUUCAUUUUCAGUUGGAGCAGUUCCAGAUUGUGGCCUCACCCAAUGAGGGCUUUGUUAGACAGAAUCUCACCAUCUUUUAUAAGGACCGCUUAGGCCUGUAUCCUUACUAUGAACAAGAUGGCACCGCAGUGAACGGUGGGCUGCCGCAGUUGGCCAGUCUUGCACAGCACCUCGAGAAGAUGCCAGAUGGUGUGCACAAGUAUAUACGUGAACCAGAGGCCAAGGGUCUGGCUGUUAUUGACUGGGAGGAGUGGCGCCCACUAUGGAUUCGCAAUUGGGACACCAAGGACGUGUACCGCAGCCAGUCACGCCUGCUGGUUAGCCAGAAGAACCCAACCUGGCCCCCGGAGCGUGUAGGAAAAGUUGCUCAGCAGGAGUUUGAGAUGUCUGCUCGAAAGUUCCUGCUUGAGACACUGAAACUCGCCAAAGACCUGAGACCCAACCAGUUGUGGGGUUUCUACCUGUUCCCAGACUGCUACAAUCAUGACUACACGCGAACUCUGGAGAGUUAUACUGGCCGCUGCCCUGAUGUGGAGGUGGCCCGCAAUGAGCAUCUAAAAUGGCUGUGGACUGAGAGCACGGCCCUCUUCCCUUCAAUCUAUAUGGGCACGGUGCUGCGUUCAUCCACUUCUGGACGCCAGUUUGUCCGGAACCGUGUCAAAGAGGGGAUGCGCCUCACGUCUAUAGGAGAUGGGCUGGCACGUCCUGUCUUUGUGUAUACCCGGCCCACCUACGCCAACUCCCAGGAACUGCUGACUGAGACGGACUUGGUUUCCACCAUCGGGGAGAGUGUUGCUUUGGGUGUAGGUGUAGCUGGAAUUAUCCUAUGGGGAGAAGCAGCUUAUGCAAGCAGCAUUGCUAGCUGCUCCAGCCUGGAUGAGUAUUUACGGGGUCCGCUGGGUAAAUACCUGCUCAACGUCUCCACGGCAGCCGAGCUGUGCAGCAAGACCUUGUGUAGUUCUCACGGUCGCUGUCUGCGCAAACAUGCAGACAGCGACGUUUACUUGCACCUGGACCCCGCCGCUCACAGUAUCAUCAGUCAGAACGGCAAGCUGAGAGUCACCGGUGAACUUGGUGAGGAGGAAAGGAUGGCCUUCCAGCAUGACUUUCAGUGCCAGUGUUACAGUGGCUACCAGGGAGGGGGCUGCACUAAGAGAGACCCCCUACAGCAGAAGGGGGCAGCGGCUCUGCGAGCCGUGGCAUCUGGCAUGCAGUGUGCCAUUUUGCUGCUCAUCGCCCUCCUCCUCUGCUAAAGUGCAAGACGAAGACAAAGCAGCAUUCAGGCAUAGAGCCGUUAAAAGGCUCCGCAUUUUCAUUUUGGGAAUGGGAGAGGUUUUUUUUUUUCUUUCCUUUUUGUCUUUUGAUUGCUGUAGAGGUUGGUGAGUCUAAGGAUGACAAGAAAUGGUUUUUUUUUGUUUUGUUCUUCAGGAGGAACACUGUUGAUGUUGCAGAGCUUUUAUGUCAUUUUAUUUUUUUCAUACAAUGGAGGGCUUGCUGGAAAUUACUUUGUUUACAUUUUGCUCUCUAUUUCCUGUCUCUCCCACUAUCAGUCACUGUUUCUCAAAGUGUCAUAUUCCCAUGAUAUGCCUCGGGGGAAAGUUUGAUGGGAAUGUUAUGAUGAUUUUGGGCAUACACCAGUUGUGCGUCUAAUAACUAUGUUGUUAACUAUGUUAUUAAAUGCAUAGCCAGUUAUUUAAUAACUGUUGAAAUGGAAAAGAUGCACUUAAUUCUGGAAGUGGUCCAGUGGUUAGCACUAUUGCCUCGCAGCAAGAAGGCCCUGGGUUCGAACCCCAGGCUGUCCCAGGCCCUUUCUGUGUGGAGUUUGCAUGUUCUCCCCGUGUCUGCGUGGGUUUCCUCCGGGUGCUCAGGUUUCCUCCCCUAUCAAAAAGACAUGCACGUUAGGGUUAAUACUCCUGUCUGUGCCCCUGAGCAAGGCAAUGGAAAGCAGAACUGGAGUUGGUCCCCCGGGUGUCGCAGCUGCCCGCUGCUCCUAUACAAUAGGAUGGCUUAAAUGCAGAGAACGAAUUUCAUUGUAACCUACAAUUUCAUUGUAACCUACAAUGUCAAAAUAAAGUGGCUGUCUUUCUUCUUCUAAUUCUGGAAGUUGCAAAGUAUAGUUCCAGUGCCUGACCUCUCAUCCACGACCUCUCUCUGACAUCAGAGACAUAUGCAGUGUCAGUAUUUAUUUGAAUGUACUUUUAUGUUUUAAUUUUUCUUUCCAAAAGUUUCUUUUGUUUCUACAAGUUUCCAGACAAUGACUACUACUACUUUUUAUACCCAGCUUCAUUUAUGCCACAGACACCUGUCACCUAUUUUGGCAGCACUUUUUUUUUUUGUAAAUGUAUAGACAUUUUAUUCUUGGUAUCCUAUAAUCAAGUGUCAUCAUGAUUUUAGGUAAAAUAAAUAGAUAUUUUAUUUGUUCAGCCUCUGCUUUUCAGUUGUUUUGAAAUCUGCUUUUGUCUUGACAACUUGGCAAUGGACAGGAACUAUACAGAAAAAAAAAUGAGGCGGUGUACCGGAUGAAAAAUG